AUUUCUUUGAGGUGGUCGUAAUACAUUAAGUUGUGUCUGCCCAGAGCAUAACGGCAGCCUCGCCUUGGAAGCGGGCAUUUCAGGCAAGGUAAAGGCAGUUGUGAUAUAAAUGAACGGCUUGCACGGCAAAUUUGGCACCUACUGGUAUUGACCGGAAAGUUUACUCUGGACUCCAACAACUCAUUGUAUGACGGACCUCCGACUUAACCCGCUGCCAUGCACUCGGGAUCCGACAUUUUACACAACCUUGGCGAAACAAACCAGGACACAUUCCGCAGUCACCGGGACCUUGCACGCAGCGAGAAUGACGAGUCGCCAACUCCGUCAAUUUAUAUGGCAACACUAGAACAUGGAAACAGGAAGAAAUCCGAACCUUCCGCUCCUUUGAGAGAAAUCAACGAAUUCGGUAUUGGAAUCGGUCAUACAACAAUACGAUCGUAUCGGGAUCGUCAGGGGCUUUUCAAGACGGAUCAGCUAGCCGGCGUGCCAUCGAAAGACAAGAGCUACAACGAUAGAACUCAAGUACCAGAGGUCACCUUUUACCAUCGUGUGGACACAUUUGGAAAAGUCUGGCCAGAAAGAAUAGAGGUAAAUUGGUGGGAAUUUGUCGAUUUCCUUGAAGGCCUUGAGCCGUUUCCCCUUUCUGAAAGGGCGACAACCCGGGGGUCCGUUUUCAAUCCACCGUAUGUAUCGCUUUUCCACCGCUUAGACGCACUCGAGAGGGAGUCAGCGACAACGCAGCCAAAGUCUACGACCGCCAACAGUACCAAAGCUUCAACACAUAAUCUUGGCAUUACCAAGACGAUCCUAGAGUUUCUCAAACCAACCUUCCAUGAAACCCGAUCGAGACUCGAACUCUUGAACUCAGCCGGUCCCAGUACUCUUGUCCAAUAUGACGAUCUCUGGAUGCUUUACACACCGGGCGAACCCAUCUUCGUCAGGAUUUCGGGGCUGGAAACCUUGUGCUACAUGGUCGACUACCCGAGUGUCGCCGCGGCACCCCCGGGAAUGUACCAAGGGCAGCUCCUGCUUUAUUGCUGGUCAAUGACAUACAGUCCGCAGCUGGAUGUCUUCGUCAAACAGGAUCAUGUCUUUAACGUGGAGCGAUUCCAUGGUGGAAAAGAGAUCGCAAGACUGCCUUUCGUACCUGCAAGAUUCAUGGAGGAUCUAGAUGCUGUCAAGGCAUUUGCAGUGUCUCGAGGUCAGAGCUACUGGGAAAUGGAGACAACAUCCAGAUUUCAGCAGUUGGCGACAUCCAAAGAACAUAGUCAUGAUAAGGGUUCCGGGAUAAGAGUCAUUGUGCAGACACAGAUCGACAGUGCAAUGGAUGAACGCCGGCCCCCACGCGUUCCAUCACUCAUGUUCAACCAACGCGAAGCUAUUGAAGAGUGGAGCGAAAGGACUAGAAGAGGAUCCGAAAUCUAUCAGACGACUGAGAAUCGCGGAAUAGGCUACGACUCUGACGACGUCCCCAUGCAAACUGGAUCCGAAGAAGUAGGAAAUAUACGGGGCAAUUGGUUUCGCGACUACGACAGCAUUCCGCCAACGACUAAACCGGAUGAGCUGGCCAUGAUGCUUUGCCCUGGUAUGGUCCAUGCGUUCAGUCUCCGUGACAAAAGAUGGGAUUGGUACAAUGUCGCGCACCUCAAACCCGUGCAAUUUGCAGUCGAUGCAUGGAAACGACUGGUCCUCAAAGCGGAGUACAAAGAAGUCAUCUGGGCCAUGGUCAAGUCCUAUCUCGCGCAUAGUACCAAUUUCCACGACCUUGUUGACGGGAAAGGCGAGGGCUUGGUCAUUCUUCUGCAUGGGCCUCCAGGCGUUGGCAAAACUUUGACCGCAGAAUGCGUAGCAGAAUCCUUCAAGAAGCCUCUUUACAUGGUAACGGCAGGAGAUCUUGGGACAGAUCCCGAGACCCUCGAGGGGAAGUUAUCGAAGAUCUUCGAUCAUGCCGUAGCGUGGGAUGCCAUACUGUUGCUAGACGAAGCAGACAUCUUCCUGCAGGACCGAGACUACGAUAAUCUUCAAAGAAACGCGUUGGUAUCCAUCUUCCUCCGAACGUUGGAAUACUUCAACGGCAUCAUGUUCCUAACCAGCAACCGCAUCGGCGCCUUCGACCAAGCCUUCCAAUCCAGAAUCCACAUCACAAUCGGCAUGCCCGAAUUCGACGAACCCCUCCGCAAAGAAGUCUGGAAGAUCUUCAUCCAAGACCUCGGUCGCAAGCGCCGCGACGGCUCACCAGCCCUUCUCUCACGGGAAGAGUGCAAGGCGCUAGGCAGCGAAGUGACCAAGUCCUGGGCUUCGCAGCCCCUCAACGGCCGUCAAAUCCGCAACUGCGUCAGGAGCGCGUUGGCACUGGCGGAAGAUAAGGGGGUCAAGCCGGACGCGAGCCACUUCAACAAGGUCCUCAAGCUUGGGAACGCGUUCACGCAGUACAUGACCAAAUUGCAAAAGGCGGAGGCCGAGGAGAUUGCUCAGAUAAAGGGUGAUCGACUUGCGGCGAUGAAGGACAUCAUGGCUCAAAGUGAUGCUGCUUAGGUGGCAGCUGGUGAUGUUGACGGUUCCGCGGUCGAAGGGGGUGUCCCUCUGCGCGGAAGGUCUUCUGAGCAGGUUUCAUAGAGUCGACUACAUACGAAUAGUUC